AUUCGUCACAAUCAUAUCCAUCACAAACUCGACACAUACCAUCUCAAAUGUAUAGAGAUAGUUCCCAAAGACGAAAAAGAAGAAGGGGUGGAUUUUCCUAAGUAGAAUUUCUUGUACUGUACUGUACUGUAUUAUAUUGUAUUAUUAUCAUUCUUCUUCACUGUAUAUUCACACUUAAUUAACACAUUUAGAACGCAGACUUAGUUUCUUUGUUGAUCUCUAGGAUACUUGUAGCUAAUAAUUUUGGGUCAACACCUUCAUCUAAUAAUUUAAUACAAAGCUGUAAAGUUGACUCAUUUAUCUCUUUGACAUUUAGCACUUUGGCUAAAUCGUUAAUUAGACUAUUUGAAUUGGUAGUCAUUAUUCUCUUGCUAUAUAUAUAUACAUAGUUGAUUAAUUAUGUUGAUAGUUUUGUUUUGAUUUUAUUUUCACAUCGCGUAAAGAAAUCUGAUGGAAUCAAAUUGUCUGAUUAUGUUGCAAAAUUGAAUCAACAAUGAUACUAUCAAGGGCAAAGAUCAAUAUAUUAUUCAUAUCUGCUACGUGGAAGAGAUCGUAUUCGAAUUCGAAUCCACUCAAGGAGCCAUUACGUAUAGCCUAUUUCGGAAGUGAUGAUUUCAGUGUUAAAUCAUUAGAUUCUUUGAUGAAUUAUAAACGAAAUCACCCAUCCAAAAUCGAAUCAGUCCAUGUUAUUACUAGAGAUAUGAAACCAACAGGAAGAAACUUAAAGAAACUAUCUAAAUUGCCGAUUGCUGAAUACUGUUCUGAUCAUGGUAUUCCUCUCUUAAGGGUUGAUCAGAAAGCUCAGAUUGAAGACUUGAUCACAACUCAAACAUUUUCAUUAGCAAUAGCUGUAUCAUUUGGACUUCUAAUACCAGGUUCUUUCAUCAACAGUUGCUCAAAAGGUGGAAUUAACAUUCAUCCUUCAUUAUUGCCUAGAUAUGCUGGAGCUUCUCCUUUACAAUACGCUUUAAUGAACGAUGAUCCUUAUACUGGAUGUACCAUUCAAACUUUACAUCCUAAGCAUUUCGACAAGGGUGAAAUCAUAUUACAAUCAGAAGAAGUCCCCAUACUAGAUAAUGAUAAUUACGUUUCUUUACAAAAAAAAAUGGGGAAAGUAGGGAGUGAAAUGUUAAUAAAGGUGAUUGAUGAAGAUUUAUUAUCGAACGGUUCAAGACUUCCAUCUAAAUAUUUGCCGUCCAAGGCACCAAAGAUUGUUAGAUCAGCUAAUGAAAUAAACUGGGAAAGCUACACAUCUAGAAAUAUUAAACGAUUAGAAGAUGCUUUGGGUUCAUUAUUCACCUACAUGUUUGUUGAUAUAACCAGAAAUAAGAAGCAUAUAAAAGAAUUUCAGAGAGUUAUACUUCUAGAUAUUAGACAGAUCAGUGAUCACCCCGAGUACGAAGAUUUAGAAAACAAUGGUCAGUUUAAACUUGACGAUGCAUCUUCAUCAACAUCGAGACUUAUUGCUAAGACUUGUUCCGGUUUUAUAUCAGUUGGAAAGUUAAAGUUCCAAGCUUGUAACGAAGAAUCACCAUAUGUGUUCUUAUCUCAUUUAAUAAAGAGAACAGGUCUGAAUGACUUUCAAUUCACAUCUAAAGUGUAAAUAUUCAUACAGAUUCAAAAUAAUAUACAUAA